CUCUCCUCGUCCAUCUCUGAGUCUCACUCAAUCGUCUCUCACUCGGACUCUGUUUUUAGCCGUGGGUCUCUCCAUCGGCUGUGGGUCUCUCUGUCACUUCGUGUCUCUAAUGGAGGCCCUGCGCCCACCCUCUCCCACCUCUUCGUCGGAUUUGUAUGCAUAUCUCCUCCAGACAAGCCUCAAGUCCAAAGACCCAUUUGCCGGAAAGUUAAUUCAUGCUCGGAUAAUCAAAGUUGGGCUUCAUCUUGGCGUGUUCUUGAUGAAUAAUCUCAUGAACUUCUAUGCAAAAGUUGGGUCUACUUCCGAUGCUCACCGCGUAUUUGAUGACAUGACCAUGAAGAACACAUUCUCUUGGAAUACAAUACUUUCGGCAUAUGCAAAACAGGGAAGGUUAGAUAAAGCACGUCGUGUAUUUGAGGAAAUUCCUGAUCGUGACUCAGUUUCGUGGACUAGUAUGAUAGUGGGAUAUAAUCAGAUUGGUCAUUUUGAAAAUGCAAUUAAGAUGUUUGUAGAAAUGAUUGGAAGUAGAAUUUCACCGACUCAGUACACCAUUACUAAUGUUCUUGCUUCAUGUGCCGCUAUUGAAGCUUUGGAUAUUGGUAGGAAGGUUCACUCAUUCGUCGUUAAACAUGGGCUUGGUAGUUGUAUUCCCGUGGCAAAUUCCAUGCUAAACAUGUAUGUUAAGUGUGGUGAUUCAAUAACAGCAAAAUUUGUUUUUGAUAGAAUGAGAUUGAAGAACACGUCAUCAUGGAAUGUUAUGAUUUCAUUGCAUAUGGAGUCUGGUCAGGUUGACCUGGCUUUUGGCCAAUUCAAACAGAUGGCAGAACGAGAUGUAGUUUCAUGGAAUUCAAUGGUUGCAGGUUACAACCGGCAUGGUUUUGAUGUUGAAGCGCUGAAAAUCUUCUCAAACAUGUUGAAAGAUUCUUCAUUAAAGCCUGAUAAGUUCACAUUGGCAAGUGCUUUGUCGGCCUGCGCCAAUCUUGAGAAGUUAAGUCCUGGGAAACAAAUCCAUGCCUAUAUCAUUAGAACUGAGUUUGAUACCUGUGGGGCAGUUGGGAAUGCUUUGGUUUCAAUGUAUGCCAAGUACGGUGGGGUUGAAAUUGCAAGAAAGAUUGUGGAGCAAAGCGGGUCUUCGUCUCUCAAUGUUAUAGCUUUUACAGCCCUGUUGGAUGGCUACGUCAAGCUUGGGGAUAUAAACCCGGCCAGACAGAUAUUUGACUCAUUAAGGGACCGCGAUGUGGUUGCAUGGACAGCUAUGAUUGUAGGUUAUGUGCAGAAUGGCUUGAAUAAUGAAGCUUUGGAGCUUUUCAGAUCAAUGAUUAAAGAAGGCCCCAAGCCAAACAGCCACACUCUAGCAGCCAUGUUAAGUGUCAUAUCAAGCUUGGCUUCUUUGUAUCAUGGCAAACAAAUUCAUUCAAGUGCCAUAAGAUCAUGGGAAGCAUCAUCAGUUUCUGUGAGUAAUGCUCUAAUUACCAUGUAUGCCAAAGCUGGAAGCCUUAACAAUGCAAAGCAGGUAUUCGAUCUAAUACGGAAUAAUCGAGAUACUGUCUCUUGGACGUCCAUGAUUAUUGCUUUGGCUCAACAUGGUCAUGGAGAAGAAGCCAUAGAACUUUUUGAAGAGAUGCUGGCAGUUGGUAUUAAGCCUGACCAUAUAACUUAUGUUGGUGUGCUCUCUGCCUGUACACAUGUGGGAUUGGUGGAACAGGGUCGUAGAUAUUAUCUUUUGAUGCAAGAUCUACAUAAAAUUAAACCCAUAAGCCAUUAUGCAUGCAUGAUUGACCUGUUUGGGCGUGCUGGAUUGCUACAAGAAGCACAUGAUUUCAUAAAAGGUAUGCCUGUUGAACCAGAUGUCAUAUCUUGGGGUUCACUUUUAGCUUCUUGUAAGGUUCAUAAAAACAUGGAGCUAGCAAAAGUUGCAGCAGAAAAAUUGCUUCUUCUUGAGCCUGGCAAUAGUGGGGUCUACUCAUCCCUGGCUAACUUAUAUUCAGCUUGUGGGAGAUGGAAGGAUGCUGCUGAAAUUAGAAAAUCAAUGAAAGAUAGAGGAGUAAAGAAAGAUCAAGGAUUCAGUUGGCUUCAGGUGCAGAACAAAGUCCAUGUCUUUGGGGUCGAAGAUGGGCUUCACCCACAGAAAGAUGACAUAUACAAUAUGACUGAAAAGAUCUGGAAGGAGAUAAAAAAGAUGGGUUUCAUUCCUGAUACUGAAUCAGUAUUGCAUGACCUUGAGCAAGAGGUAAAGGAACAGAUGCUUAGACAUCACAGUGAAAAACUUGCAAUUGCUUUUGGGCUAUUAAGUACUCCAGAGAACACUACAUUGAGAAUCAUGAAGAACCUUAGAGUGUGUAAUGAUUGUCAUUCCGCCAUAAAAUUUAUCUCCAAGCUUGUGGGCAGAGAAAUUAUUGUGAGAGACUCUACUCGUUUUCACCAUUUCAAGGAUGGUUCCUGCUCUUGUCAGGAUUAUUGGUAGGCAAAAAAGGGUGGGAUUUAAAAAGACAAAGAAUCUGAUGGUGAAGUGGGCAAAAAUUUCAUGUAUGUAGGAUCCAAAAAGUUGAUGCUCGAUGUAGAGAGCAUGUGUUGCUUUCCUUAUUAUUCAGUAAAGAUUUUGGCCCCCCUACUGAUAUGACUUUCCAUUGGAGUUCUAUAUUAUGGGCAUCAGAGGAUGCUUUUGGAAUGAACAUGUUGUUCUAGUGGCCAUGAGAACGUUAUGUCAUUGCUCGUG